AUGUCAGUGGCUGAUCCCAAGGUGGAUAAGUCCAGCCCUGAAAAGGAUGCAGGGAAGCAACAUUUCAUCUACUUCAAAAAAGAGGUGGUGGAAGAUGUCACGGAUCAGACAGGUGGAGUUGUUGAGAGCAUGGCUGAUCAUGCAGAUGUAGAAAAGACUGCAGAUCAAGGAUCUCUUGCUGGCAUCUCGGAGUAG